AUGAAACCCUUUCAAUAUCUAUUGAUUUUCUUCUCACUCCUACAUCUUGGUAAUAGUUUCUUCAUUCCACCGGAGAAUUUCCAAAAGUGUGGAUUAGACGAGUCUCUCGGCGUUAUCCUUUGUAUUGCGCCAGUGACGACGUUGUUCCAAGACAAUAUCAAUCUUCAAAAUAUCACUAGAGCACGUGGAAUUCGUAUUGUUGAUGAAUGCAGGAAUGCUACUACCUGUCUUGCACAAUACCCGUGUGUCACUCAAGUCCAACUAGACAAAGUCUUCAAUCUGUUAUGCGACACCAUCACCUAUUUCUCCACUGACUUUGCCAGUUGUCAAAAGAAAUUGAUCGCUCAAAUGCCCCCAUGCAUGAGAGAUGCGGAGAAGAACUUGUUGAACAUUGAGAAGAUUGGCCAUCCUUGCGAUCUCAUCUCAAAAUACCAACCAUGUAUGGAGACGGAGAUCACUAACAUUUGUGGAGAGAAAUAUUGGACUCCGUUGGAUACCAUUUUGAAGAAGUUGCAGAAAUAUGCCCAUAUCAAGUGCCCAAUAAUUGAUACUGAAGUUUAA